AUGCCCGAUGAGCUGGGAACACCACCAAGCGAAACUAUAGUAGCACGCCAAAACUUAGUACAUCGUUUCUCUCUUUCUGUUUUUGUCUCUCUCUCUUAUUUUUCUCUCUCUUAUCUCUUACCUAUCUUUAUUUCUUUUCUUUUUCUUUUCUCUUUUAUUUUUAUCUCUUUUGUUUACUUUGUCUCUUUUUGUCACUUUUCUCUCUCUUUUAAUCUUUUUUUCUUUACUCUCUUGUUUGUCUCUUCCCACUCUCUGUCUCUUCUUUCUGUCUAUCCGUUUCUGUUUUCGUCUCUUCUCUCUCUCUCUCUCUCUCUCCUGCUCUCAUUUUUUCUUUCUUUUCUCUUUUUGUUUCUGUUCUUUCUUUGUCUCUCUUCUCACUUUGUUUCUUUUCUUCUUUUUUUUCUCUGUAACUUUUCUUUUCUCUCUCCGUCUCUUUUAUUUCUCUCUCUUUCUCUCUUUCCUAUCUCUCUUUCUUUCUUUUGUCUAUUUUUUUCUCUUUUCUCUCUCUCUCUCUCUCUCUCUCUCUGUCCUUUCGUCUUCCUUGACACUCUGUCUCUUCUUUGUUGUUUUUUUUGUCUCUUUUCUCUCUUUGUAAUUUUUUCUCUCAUCCCCUCUCUUUCUUUUCGUCGCUUUUCUUUCUUUCUUUCUUUCUUUCUUUCUUUCUUUCUUUGCUUACCUCAUUCUGUUAAUCACUAUACGUAUGAUAUGCACAUCAUAUCGUUCUCUUCCGUCUUGCUUGGGACGACAUUGUCAAGUUGUACACUUGCCUUCCCUCCAAAUCACUAA